CUCAGUCCGCAUGGCGCGACUGGUCGAGCGCAGGCGAGAACCGAACCCUCCCGAAGUCGGCUCGGCCCGGAACUCUGCGGCGGCAUGAUCGACUCGUCCAACGUGAGCCUGAGCUGCGCGCAGUGCCCGGCCGCGUCCGCCGCCGUCGCGGAGGCGUCGGGCUCGACGCCGCCUCCCCCUCCGCCGCCGCCGUCGUCGUCGUCGUCGUCGUCUUCGUCGUCGUCGCUCAGCCCGACGGGUCACGCGGUGGUGGCGGCGUGCCUGGGCUCGAUCGGCACUCUGGGCUUCGUGUGCAACUCUGUGGUUCUGGCCAUGUUCCUGCGCUACCGGGCGCUGCGGACGCCCAUCAACCUGCUGCUGGUCAGCAUCUCGGUCAGCGACCUGCUGGUCAGCGUGCUCGGGACGCCCUUCAGCUUCGCGGCCAGCCUCCGCGGCCGCUGGCUGAUCGGACGCGCCGGCUGCGUGUGGUACGGCUUCGUCAACGCCUGCUUGGGCAUCGUGUCGCUCAUCUCGCUGGCCGUGCUGUCCUACGAGCGCUACUGCACCAUGACGGUACCCAACAUGGCGGACGGCCGCGACUUCCGCCCGGCGCUGGGCGGCAUCUGCUUCUCCUGGUUGUACUCCAUGGCCUGGACGGUGCCCCCCCUGCUGGGCUGGAGCCGCUACGGCCCCGAGGGUCCCGGCACCACGUGCUCGGUGGACUGGCGCUCGCAGACGGCCAACAACGUCUCGUACGUGUUGUGCCUGUUCGCCUUCUGCCUGGUGCUGCCUUUCGGCGUCAUCGUCUUCUCCUACGGGAAGCUGCUGCUCGCCAUCCGACAGGUGCGCAGCCGCACCUCGCUGGUGACGCGGCGGCGGGAGCGGCGGGUGCUGCUCAUGGUUCUGACCAUGGUGGUCUGCUACCUGGUCUGCUGGCUGCCUUACGGCGUGGUGGCCCUGAUGGCCACCCUGGGGCCCGGCGACCCCCUCGGCCCGGAGGCCAGCGUCCUGCCGUCGCUGCUGGCCAAGUCGUCCACGGUGGUCAACCCCUUCAUCUACAUCUUCAUGAACAAGCAGUUCUACCGCUGUUUCCGGGCCUUCUUCAGAUGCUCCGACGUGGAGCCACGCUCGAGCCUCAAAACCUUCUCCAGGGCGACCAAGACGCUGCGCAGCGUGCGGCCGGAGCUCCGCGAGUGCCCGCCGUCCUCCGCCCGGGCCUCGGCGCCGCCGCCUCCGCCUCCGCCGACGACCCGUCCCGGACCCAAAUUGACUCUGGUGGCUCAUUACAGAAAGUGAGGACAUUCGAGACCUCGCACAAACUUUGCCGACUUGGGCUCUGCCGGACCUUUUGCGGCUCGCUCGUGUGCGGACUGAACGACCGGACUCGGACCCGUCAGGACUUUCCCAUUGACAGUCGAUAGAACCGCACAGGAGCGCAAGCGUUUCCAUGAAGAACCUUCAGUUGAGAUGGGAUAAAGGAACCGUCGCAAGACCUUCACUGGAGUUUUUGAGCGUUGCGACAGCAGAAGUCGGCCCACGCGUGAGCGUGACGUUGCCAACUGGUUGUUUAUUUUCAACCUUUAGUUACGCAGACGAGGCGACGGGCCGAAGGGAAGACGCAACCCUACGAUUAGCGCAGUUAGCACCGAAAGAAAAAACGCUUGCUAAGCGGCUCCGUCGCUAAAAACACACAAAAACGUGACGCAUUGGACUCAAAAUAAUCAAAUAAAGCACUUGUGGACUUGUAAAACUUUAUUAUUUUUUCAAAUGUGUGUGUGUGAGGAAAGCGAGAAGAGAUAAAAAAAAAAAAAACAAUGCUUGGAUGAGCGCUUGAAAGGACUC